AUGCAAUCUGCUUGCUUACAUGGAUGCAAUGAUCCUUUAUUGUUUUUUUUUGCAGUUGUUCAACAAAAAUACGACGUGCACGUAGCAGACGAAUACGUCUCUUCCGGCAACACUGCGGUGCUACGUUGCCAAAUAUCAGGCCAUGCAGCAGACUACGUAAUGGUGACGUCAUGGGUGAGAGAUGACGGUGUCAAUAUCUAUCCCGGAGCAGAAGCUGGUGGAAAGUAUGCAGCGUUGCCAGAUGGUCGACUAUACGUGGCUGAUGCAGGACCUGCGGAUGGAUAUAGAAGCUACGCUUGCAGAACUGUUCACAGACUUACAGGUGAGGUGCAAACCAGCCCAUACCCAGGCCGUGUGAUCGUGACAGAACCGAAAGGCGUGACCCAACCGCGCAUGGACAAACACCAAACGGGCGGCAACAAUGGAGGAGGCGGGGCCAGAAGAGCGGCGUUGGGAGACGAUGCGACGUUGCCAUGCGCCGCCCACGGUCAUCCGCCACCCACUUACCACUGGCGCAAGGAACCACAAAAGGAAGGAGGUGGCGGUGCCUCGGGAGAACCACAACCCGUCGAUGGAGACAGGGUUGAAGUGGUGGCUGCCGGGGUUAUCCGGAUUACCAAGAUUCGCUUGGAAGAUCGAGGCGUCUACAUUUGCUAUGCAAACAAUUCUGCCGGAGAAGAAAGCAUAAGAGUAACAUUAGAAGUGACUGCUCCAUUAUCGGUCCAUGUUCAACCUCAGGUACAAGUUGUGGAUGUAGGAAAAGACGCUCACUUUCAAUGCAUCGUCAAUGGUUUCCCUAUUUCUCAGGUUAACUGGCUUCAUAAUGGCAAUCCUGUAGCUCCAGAUUCCCGACUCCAGAUGUCCACAGACCCUCCCCGACUGAACGUGAAGCAGCUGGUGAAGGAAGAUAGAGGAAUGUACCAAUGUAUAGCUGGAAAUGGUUGGGACCAAGCACAAGCCGCUGCUGAAUUGGCCAUGGGUGACGCAGGUCCAGAGCUGGUCUACUGGUUUUCCGAACAGACACUGCAGCCUGGACCUACGGUGUCCUUGAAAUGCGUGGCUGCUGGAAAUCCUCCUCCAAGGUUUACUUGGACCCUGGACGGGUUUCCUAUUCCUGAUCAUCCCAGGUUUCUUGUCGGCCAAUACGUCACCAUCCAAGAUGACGUCAUCAGUCAUGUGAACAUCACAAACAUUCAAGCAGAAGACGGAGGUGAAUACACGUGCACAGCACAUAACAGCGUGGGGAAAGUAUCACAUAGUGCUAGAGUGAAUGUUUAUGGACUGCCUUACAUCAGGGAAAUGCCGAAGAUCAUCGGAAUUGCAGGCAAAAGCUUGGUUAUUAAGUGUCCAGUAGCUGGUUACCCAAUAGACUCAAUAACGUGGGAACGUGAAGGGCAGCAACUGCCUGUCAAUCGAAGGCAACGAGUGUACGCCAACGGUACAUUGGUGGUGGAGCAGACCCAAAGGAGAGAGGAUGCAGGUACUUAUACCUGUCAGGCUAAGAACAGACAGAGGAAUACGGCUAGAAGGGAUGUGGAAGUACAAGUUAGAGUGCCGCCGAAGAUCUUACCAAUGAACCCCAUGACCGAUCUUCUCCGCGAGGGUAUGCGGGCUGCCAUCACCUGUCAAAUCAUGGAAGGAGACCUACCGAUCUCGUUUCGGUGGGAGCGAGAUGGUCGUGCCGUGUCAAGCAGUCCAGCUUCAGGAACUGUUAUCAGGCAAAUUGACGAAUUUGCGUCAUCGCUAGUGAUUGACAGGGUGUCAGCUGAACAUACGGGAAACUACACCUGCGUAGCUACGAAUGUUGCGGGGAUCGAGAGAUAUGUCGUGCCUUUGACAGUUAAUGUACCUCCAAGAUGGACGGUAGAGCCAUCGGAUGCCAGCGUAGCUUCUGGGCAAGUAGCUGUGAUCCACUGUCAAGCGGAAGGCUAUCCGAAACCUACCAUUACUUGGAAGCGGGCAGUCGGUGAACAGCCUGGAGAGUACAAAGACUUCCUGUUCGAACCAAACGUUCAACAAUUUGAAAAUGGUUCGUUAUACUUCAAAUACAUAUCAAAAGAAAACGAAGGCCAGUACCUGUGCGAAGCGAAAAACAACAUCGGAGCGGGCGUUAGCAAAGUGAUUUUUCUCAGAGUCAAUGCUCCAGCCCAUUUUCCACAAAAAUCCAAGCAAGUGCAAGUGGUUAAAGGAGAGCAAGCCCAUCUACAGUGUUCUGCAACAGGUGAUACUCCAAUGGAGAUUACCUGGAAAGUCAGUAAUCAACAUAUCCCCAAGGAAGGUGAUCAAAGGCACACCAUCCGUUCUCAGCCCUUAGCAGAAGGCAUGGUCUCUGAAUUGACCAUUCCUCGCGCUUCUCGCGCCGAUUCGGCCAUCUUCACCUGCCGAGCUUCCAAUGCUUUCGGUUCUGACCAGAUGUUGGUCAAACUGGUGGUUCAGGAGGCCCCUGAGUCCCCAGCUGACGUCAGAGUAGGAGCUCAGCAGUCCAGGGAGGUGAAGCUCACGUGGACUGCGCCUUAUGAUGGGAACAGUCCUAUCACUAGUUACGUGGUGCAGUUCAAAAUGGCUAACGAGGCCUGGACGAAUCAACCCAUGAAGGUAACAGUUCCUGGAUCUCAAACUACAACGACUUUACAGAAUCUCCACCCAGCGCAAGUUUACCAAAUAAGAAUAUUAGCAGAGAAUCGUUUAGGCUUAAGUGAACCCAGUCAGACUGUACAGAUUAAUACUAUGGAAGAAGUGCCUAGUGGUGCCCCUGUGGACAUCCGCGCAGAAGCGAAAUCCUCGACAGAACUGGUGGUGACGUGGGAACCACCACCGAGGGAUACGUGGAACGGGAACCUCCUCGGAUACCACGUGGGGUACCGGAAGUAUACCGACCACGACUCAAAUACUGUCGAUGACAACUACAUUUUCAAGACUGUUGAGGUUAGGCCGCAUUACGGCGGCGAGGCCAUACUACAGGCACUGGAGAAGUUUACUACCUAUAGCAUUAUUGUACAGGCUUAUAAUAGCAGAGGAAGCGGUCCAGGUAGCGAACCAGUAACAGCCAGGACCCUGGAAGAUGUUCCUACACUGCCUCCAGAAAACGUUCAAUGCUCAGUUCUAAACGCUCAAAGUUUACACAUAUCAUGGGAACCCCCUCCAAUAGAAGGGCAAAAUGGAAUCAUUCAGGGUUACAAGGUUACUUAUCAUUCGGUAGGAGAGUGGUAUGAUAAUGAGGAUCAACAAACGAAGAUCGUGAAUCAGAUGCGUACAACGAUUUCGGGAUUGAGGAAGUACACAAACUAUAGUAUGACCGUACUGGCAUAUACUGCCAGCGGAGACGGUGUUAGGUCACCUCCUGUUUAUUGCCAGACUGAGGAAGAUGUGCCUUCGGCUCCUGCCGCAAUCAAAGCAGUCCUGAGUGCUCCUAACAAGAUCCUAGUAUCAUGGCUGCCUCCAAAGUUCAGCAACGGCCCUCUGACGGGCUACACUUUCUACAUGAGCGUCGUGGAGGACGGACAAGAAGAGGGCACCCACAAAAGGGCUCUUAACCCAAACGUUGAGAUGCAUGAAGUCGUCAGGUCGCAGGAUACGGCUACCUUGCAGUUUUGGGUCACUGCUUCUACUAGGAUAGGUGAAGGAGAAAGUACCCGCGUAAUCACAGUAACCCCCUCCAAGCACGUGCCAGCUCGCAUCGCUUCCUUUGGUCGCGAAGUGAUCAGCGCUUGGAAACAAGACAUCUACCUGCACUGCAAGCGAGUUGGAGUCCCAGUGCCUCCCGCGUCUUGGCAAGUCAACGAUACUCCUUUGGAAACGGGAGGUAGGAGGUCAGUCUUCCCCAAUGCCACUUUGCUGAUCAAGGACAUUCAGAGCGUGGAUCAGGCGAACUAUAGCUGUGCGGUUGAAAAUCAAUAUGGCAAGGAUGAGAUUGUAUAUAGUCUGAAGGUGUUAGUUCCUCCUGAAGCUCCAAUCCUCACGGUAGUAGAGUCUUUCACCGACAGCCUGCAUCUCCGUUGGAAAGACCAGGGCAAUGGCGGUUCACCGAUCCUGGGAUACGUUAUCAACUACAAACGAGAUCACGGGGACUGGGAAGAACUACAGAUAUCGGCCAGGACUGACGAGCAUAUGUUGAGGAACUUGUGGUGCGGCACCAAGUACCUGCUCUACAUAACUGCCUUCAAUAGGAUUGGUACCGGGUUGCCAUGUGAUAUAGUGCCAGCGAGAACCAAGGGAACUGCUCCUGUGCAACCAUCACAGUCCCACACCUUAACAACAAACGCGACGGCAGCUACAGUAUGGUUGGACUCAUGGGGUGACGGUGGAUGUGGUAUCGCCCAUUUCGCAGUGGAAUGGCGUCGCAGGGACUCAAAUGGGCCCUGGCAGAUGGCGGCAGGGCGUGUGCAGCCUCAGGAUAGGACGUAUUCAGUUAGAGACCUGCAACCAGCUGCGGAGUACCAGCUCAGGGUCACAGCGCAUAACAAUGCUGGAGAUACGCAGGCUAUCUAUAAUUUUACCACUCUCAAUGUCAUGGGAGUUGUUCCAGAGCUCAGUCCUCCAGUAUCGCAUUCUGGAGAUCAUCCGUUCUACACAAACGCCAAAGUAUUUGUGCCAAUCAUGCUGUCUAUACUAGUCCUGACAUUGUUAAUUGCACUAUUGUUUUGGAGAAAAAGCACGCUGUAUGAUAUGUUUCUAGAACUGCGCCGAUCUUCUGACUCACAAUCGAUGGCUGAAUCCCCCACCACAGCGCAGCUGCAAAACAAGCACAACCGCGACCAGCAGUACCUUGCAGUUAGAGUUGGGCGGAGCUCAAAUGCUUCCGCCCAUCCUGCUGGGGCGGCAACCUGUAAUGAUGACGCCGCCUCCGCGGAUUACGUCGAUGAUAUUUGUCCGUACGCCACGUUUCAGCUACAAGCCAAGCCGACUGCUACAGCUGGAAAUGCCUACAGUGAAACUUGCUAUAGUGGAAACGUGUAUUCAGGGCCUUAUCAUUCUGUAAGAGGCUCAUUUUUGUAUCACGACGUUAAACCGCCACCUAGCGACAAAUUUAGCUUACACAGUAAAGAACCUGAAUACACCAAAGUAAGGAGAAAAGGUGGUAGACUAAGAGAUCCUCACUCGGAGAGUCAAGAAUCUGAUAACCUGGGCAGCACUGACUCAGAGGUGAAGAAGAUACUAACACUACACCUGCCUAUUUCAGAGUACGACGCUCUAGGCGGCUCUGACUCUGAAGGUGACGCUAGGGCCGCUAGUCAGGACCUUAUGUCCUUCAGCCAUAGGAUGAGAGGUGGCGCAGAAGGCUCCAGCUCCUCCUCCGAGACCUCCCCGCCUUCAGGCAGCAUCAGCCGCAAGAAACCGCCUUUCCACGGGGGCGGACACCGCAAGGGCGGGCACCUGAAAGGAGGAGGAGCCUCAUCCACGGCAGGCAAACGGCACGUACGCAGCAGCAGCGGAUACAGCAGUCACAAUGAGGAGACUACCUUCAGCAUAUCGGCAGCGUUCGCGGGAGACACGCCUCUCGCGGGAGGGCCAUCUGGCGGCAGGCGGUUGCACCAACCGCUCUCCAGGUUUUCCGAUUUGGAUCCUAGGACACUAUCCGAGUCUGAAUACGAAAAAACGGGCCACAAAGCGAGGUCACAAUCCAAACUAACGAGAGAAGCGUUCCAAAUAAAUGUUUGAGGCAAAUUUGGAAGCCUACCCUAGCGUUUCUCAAGUCCUAUUAGAACAUUUAAGAAUCACCUCACGUGACAUGUAUUUUAGCCAAUUCUCAAUUGCUACCAAUUUAGGAAUCAGACGUUGUAAGAAUUAUACAGACAGAUAGGUGUUUCAAAGGUAUUACUGUGAAAUUUUUAAUGACUGAUAUCUCUUGAUUUGUCUAGCUGAUAUGCAUGCCUAAAAAACAAACAAACUGUCUCUAGACUAGUUAGGAUAUGAUAUGACACAUAGGUAAAUACGACAGGUGAGUAGGUACGCAUACUUUGGAACAACUAAUGAAAGUUUAGAGUAACAUGUGUUUAAGCGAAUUCGGAAUUCCUACCAAAAGGAAUCACACAUUGUAAG